AUGGACGUGAACGUAGGGAGAGGGCCCGACAUGACGCAGCAGGGCAUGCAAUUCCCGAUGGAGGUACCACAAACACUCGUAAAAUUUGAUCCUCCGAUCUUUGCCGGCCUAGAGCCCUCGUCCGACCCAAACAACGGCGGCGACAACGCACUAUUGAUGGGAGGAAAUGGGGGAGGCAGCAACCGGGGAGGUGGCGGCAUGGGGGGCAAAGGUCAGCAGGGUAAGGCGUCGCAGCUAGACGACAUGGUGAACUCUAUGUUGCCUCCGCGAGAGUGGACAGAGGAGACGGGGACGUGGAUGCAGUAUGUCAGCAAGGAACCGGCGACACGGUUAGCGGUCAUCGCACUCCAGGAGCAAUUGGACAACAAGCUGCUGGAGAGACAGGCGUUGGAAACAGGCAUUUGCCCCGUCCGGGAAGAUCUGUAUACUCAGGCGUUCGACGAACUUAUCCGACACGUGACACUAGACGGUCCCGAGCGUGGGCUGCUGUGCCUGCGGGUGCGCGACGAGAUCAGAAUGACUAUCGACGCGUACAAGACUCUGUACGACAGCAGCGUGACCUUCGGCGUCAAGAAGCAGCUGCAAGCGGAGCAAGGAAUGGCAGAGAUGGAGGAGCAGAUUGCUGCAUUGGGGGAGGACAAAAAAGGGCUGGAGCUACACGUAUCGGAACUGCGAAACAAGGUCGAGGUGAUUGAGAAAGGGGAGAGCGAGCGACGCGCGGUAGACGACAAGAAGCGGAAGGAAGAAGUGGACUUUCUAAAGUACCAGGGGCAGCACCUUGACUCCUUCCUUAAGCAGAUCGGCGGCAGCAAAUAG